UUCGAGAGCGUCCCGGCCCUCCGCCCCAACCGGCGGGUGCUGCAGCACCGGGGCAGCGCCAGACGCUUCUCCCCAGCCCAGGCGGCAUCCUUCGCCCUGUACAGAGCAGUUAGUGCACUAGCCUCUUUACUCUCUGGACCACAGUCCUCUUCAAACAUCAGUAGAAGGGCAAAGUUAGAAUGGAUGAUCCAGGAGAGAAUACCACUGUUGUCUCCACCUUGCGUUCCUUCAACAACUUCUUGUCACUAAGUUCGGCACCUGUGCACAGCACAGGUCAGCCAAGCUCAACUUCACGGCUUUUGCUACUGCAAUACCAGCAGAGGCUUGAGGUUGAAGAACAGGCUGAAUGUAUUCUUUCCCACUCCCGCACUCUAGAGGCGGAAAGAGAAAAGCAGAAAAUGGAAGUUAGUCAUAAACGUGCUAGGAUUGAGCUGGAGAAGGCAGCGCAGUCCAGCUCCUGGAACCAUGAGCGAGAGGCUGAUCGAAAUCAGGAGCUAGUUACCCAAUUGAAACAACUUCAGGAAAAGGAAGCAGAGGCUGAGGCAAAAUUGAAGAGUCAGAUUAAUGCGACUAAUUCAUUGAAAGAGGAUCUUGCGCUCCAGGAUAAGAAGCUGCAAGAAAGAGAAGAAAAACUUGCAGAAGCCAAUCAGACAAUCGAAGUCUUGAAGGCCAAGAUAUCAGAGCAACAACGGAAACAAAUGGCACAGGAGAUGCAGCUGUCGACAUUGACCACAGAGCGUCAAGAGCUGCUUGAGCAACUAGAAGUACAGCGGAAGAAGUGGCAAGAGGCUGUACACCAAAUUCAGGCAUUAGAAGCAGCUCAAGUGGCCAGUGCUGAGAAUGAACGGAGAUUGAAGGAAUUAGAGAAUACAAUAAGCCAACAAGAACAGGAUUCUGUAAUAGUGAAGAAUAUGCGGUCAGAUCUGGCUCGUGUCCCUGAGCUGGAGAAAGAACUCCGACAGAUGAAGGAGAAAAAUGACUAUUACAGGGAAAUGGAAGAUAACAAUGCACUUCUUAAAGAAGAAAUGGAAAGCCUUCGUAAGAAACUUGAACGUCUUGAGAAGUUAAGGGAAGAGAAUGUUACUUUGGAGUUAGAGAAAGAGAAAUUGUUGUCAAAAUUGCAAAGUUGGGAAAAUGUGGAACAAACUUCAGGAUUAAAUAUCCGGAGUCCUGAAGAUCUAUCACGGGAGAUAAUUCUUUUGCAGCAACGUGAACUUGUACUCAAGCAACAGAACUCUUCUGUCAGCAGCAGUGCUCGAAUGUUGGAAAAAACUCUGCGGCAGCUUCAGGAUGAUGUUUUGAAUUUGCGGACCCAGCUUUUAUCUGAACAGAAGAAGCGUGAGCAACAGGAAGCAAAUGCUCGACGUAUGGAGAAGCGCAAUAUCCUACUUAUCAAGGCUCGCGAUGGGAUGAAAUGCAUCUUGGAUUCCUACGACAAUGAGUUGGUUACCAAUUAUUCACCACAGCUGAACCGGAGGGUUCGUGAAGCAGAGAACAUGACCCAAGAUCUGCAGGCACAUAUUUCAGAACUGGAGAAUCAGCUAUCGCAGGCCCUGGAGGAUGUUGGCAGUCACAAGCUAAAAGCACAAACACUUGAAGCAGAAUUGAGUGCUCUUCAAAGCCAGCUUGCUAUCAUUGACAAGAACAUCACGAAUGAUGAGGGGAAUACCCUGAGGCAGAAAAUUGAAGAGCUGGAGGCUGAGAGAGGGCGCCUUGAUGAAGCCAACAAGAUCUUGGAAAUGAAACUGGAACGGUGCACUCUACAGGGUGACUAUGAUCCCAGCAAAACAAAGGUGCUUCACUUGAGUAUGAAUCCUAUGAGUUUGGCAAAAGAGCACCAUAUAACGGAGCUAAAGAGUCUGAAGGAAGAAUGUGAGCAACUCAGAGAAAGAGUGCGAAUCCUGGAGGGAGGUGCAACCCCUGAACAAAUGGGGUCACUCAGCAAUCUGCUGCCAUCUCAGGAAAUUUCAGAGAUGCGCAAGCAAGUGAACAGUGCAGAGUUGAAGAACCAACGAUUGAAGGAGGUGUUCCAGAAGAAGAUUCAGGAAUUCCGAGCCGUUUGCUACGCCCUGAUGGGGUACAAGAUCGAUGUCACUACGGAGAACCAGUACAAGCUGUCAUCGGUAUAUGCAGAACACCAGGAUGACUGCCUGAUGUUUAAGGCUGCCAAUAGUCUUGGAGCAAAGAUGCAACUGUUGGAGACAGACUUCUCCCGCUCACUCACCGACCUGAUCAACCUUCACCUGCAUCAUCAGAACAGCAUCCCAGCAUUCCUUAGUGCCAUCACCCUUGACCUCUUCAGUCGCCAGACCUGUGCAUAGUGGAGGUGGAAAUCUGUGUCACUGAAGAACCUUUCUAUAUAUUUUGUUAUACUGCAAGAAAGCUUAUUUUAGAAGUGUUAAUUAGAGACUGGUUCAACAUUUAGUAGAUUUGUGAUGGGAUGUUUGCUUAAUAUGUUUUCCAAACAUUUAUUUUUGCUUUAGUUGUGGAUUUAAUUAAUUUCUUUGCCUUCGUUCAUCUCCUGGCAGCUGGAAAGGAGAGUGAACAGAGCAUGAACUUCGCAGCUGCCAAUAUCAGUACUGCCUUCAGGGGUCUCCUUCUCCUGCAGGGAGUGAGACAAAUGCUGGUUUUUCAGAUGCAGGGACUUUGGAGUGAAGGACAUGAUUAAGAAAUGAUGAAACUGUUCUCACCAGUUGACAUAAAAUACAAGUGAAAUUAAGCUACCCUGCUGUCUUUGGCAAAAAUCCCGGUGCAAAU